AUGGCUCUUGGACUCGCUUCCGUAGCGGCAGUAGCUGGAGGACUUGCGCACACCCCUAUCGCACUGCUCACACUUAUACCACUUUUAGCUGUAGGAGUCAAUUACUAUAGAUACCAAAGUGUGGAUCCGGAGACGAACCCCACCGACCAGGAAACGCUGCGACGAUACUAUGACUUCGUCGUCAUCGGGGCCGGGUCUGCCGGAGCCGUCGUGGCAUCGCGGCUGUCCGAGAUCGGCGACUGGUCGGUGUUGCUGCUUGAGGCCGGUGGUGACGAGAAUGAGGUAACGGACGUCCCAUCGCUGGCCGGCUAUCUGCAGCUGACGGAGUACGAUUGGAAGUACCAGACGACACCGUCGGCCGAUCGGCGCUACUGUCAGGCGAUGAUCGGCGAUCGGUGUAACUGGCCACGUGGCAAGGUGAUGGGCGGUUCCUCGGUCCUAAACGCGAUGGUGUAUGUGCGGGGCAACCGGCGAGACUAUGACCACUGGCUUGAACAGGGCAACGUCGGUUGGGGCUACGAGAACGUGCUGCCGUACUUCAUCAAGUCGGAGGACAACCGCAACCCGUACAUUGGUAACUCACCGUACCACGGUGUUGGAGGUUAUCUGACAGUACAGGAGGCACCCUGGCGAACACCGCUAUCGGUCGCGUUUGUGGCUGCUGGUCAGGAGAUGGGCUACGAAAAUCGUGACAUCAAUGGUGAGGAGCAGACAGGCUUCAUGCUGCUACAGGCGACGAUACGCCGGGGUAGUCGAUGUAGUACAUCCAAAGCGUUCCUGAGGCCAGUACGCCUGCGCAAGAACCUCCACAUCGCGAUGAAGGCACACGUCACGCGUGUCCUGUUUGACGCGCAAAACCGCGCGUACGGUGUUGAGUUCGUGCGCAACCAGAAACGUCAGUACGUGUUCGCACGCAAAGAGAUCGUACUUUCGGCAGGUGCGCUCAACACGCCGCAGCUGUUAAUGUUGAGCGGCGUAGGUCCAGCUGAGCACCUAGCCGAGUUAGGCAUCCCGGUGGUGUCAGAUCUGCCAGUAGGCGACAACCUUCAAGAUCACGUCGGACUCGGUGGGUUGACGUUCCUCGUCGAUCAGCCAGUCACGGUGAAGACGUCCCGAUACAGCUCAGUACCGGUCGCGCUGGAGUACUUCCUGAACGAGCGUGGUCCAAUGACGUUUCCCGGCAUUGAAGGUGUCGCCUUCGUCAACACAAAGUACGCCGAUCCGUCCGGCAAGUGGCCCGACAUUCAGUUCCACUUUGGUCCCAGCUCGGUUAACUCGGACGGAGGUCAGAACAUCCGCAAGAUCCUGAACCUGCGCGAUGGCUUCUACAACACCGUGUACAAACCGAUCCAUAACGCGGAGACCUGGACGAUUCUGCCGCUGUUGUUGCGUCCCAAGAGCACCGGUUGGGUGCGUUUGCGAUCGCGCAACCCUUUCCUGCAGCCUUCCAUCGAACCGAACUACUUCGCGCACGAUGAGGACGUUGCUGUGCUGGUCGAAGGCAUCAAGCUGGCAGUCAACGUCUCGUACACGCAGGCCUUCCAGCGGUUUAAUUCACGCCCGCACGCCAUCCCACUGCCCGGAUGUCGCCAUCUACCGUUCAUGUCGGAUGCGUACUGGGCGUGCACCAUUAAGCAGUUUACGUUCACCAUCUACCACCCAACCGGUACGGCUAAAAUGGGACCUAGCUGGGAUCCGGGAGCUGUUGUUGAUCCGCGGUUACGCGUUUACGGUGUGUCUGGAUUGCGCGUGGUUGAUGCGAGCGUCAUGCCAACCAUCAUCAGCGGAAAUCCGAAUGCGCCCGUCAUCAUGAUCGGUGAAAAGGCGGCCGAUAUGAUUAAAGAGGACUGGGGCCGACUGGUUGGGUGGUGA